AUGGCUCUCAGCACACUGCUUGGGCUCCUGGUUCCCAUCCUUUCCAUACAACUGAACGAAGUGAAGGCCAAGUCCCUGUUGACCCAGUUUAGUGCUCCGGGGGACUUUGUCCUUGGUGGGAUGUUUGCCUUUCACUCCAAAGUACAGUACCUAGGCCAGGAUGUGGAGCUGAAGACCCCCAAGUGUUCCAGCUUUGACCUUACUGGCUACAGGCGGCACCUGAGCAUGCGCUUUGCCAUCGACGAAAUCAACAACUCGACUUCUCUGCUCCCCGGUGUCAAGCUCGGCUAUGAAAUCCACAACACUUGCAACAACCCAGCUGUGGCCAACAAGCCCACAAUGUCCUUCCUCUCCAAGUACCCCAACCACUAUGGCGUGGAGGUGCAAUGCGAUUAUACCAACUAUAAGCCUCGAGUUGUCGCCGUUGUUGGCCCUGGAAAUUCGGAGCUGAGCGUGCUGGUGGCUCGGUUCCUGAAGUUUCUUUUGAUCCCAGAGAUCAGCUACGCCAGUUCCAGCGAUAAGCUAAGUGACAGGCAACUUUAUCCAUCGUUCUUCCGGACCGUCCCCAGCGACCGAAUCCAAGCCGAUGCCAUGGUUCAGCUCCUGAGCAAGUUCAACUGGAACUGGGUGGCCACUUUGGUGACUGACGAUGAAUACGGCCGCCGGGCCCUGCAGAUCUUCGUCCAGCUGGCUCUCUCUAAGGAUAUGUGUGUGGCCUACGAAGCCAUCCUCCCGAGCGACCCGGAGGAAAGCAAGAGGAAAGCGGAGCUGUCCAAAAUAGCCGACCAGCUCCAGAAGUCCAACAUCAAUGCCACGGUGAUCUUCGCACAACCGAGCAGUGCGGAGGCGCUGCUGAGGGUGGUGCUAAGCAGGGGCAUCACUGGCAAAGUGUGGAUCGCCAGCGAGUGCUGGGCAACCUCGCCCAACAUUGCUCUUAUCCCAAACCUGACGAGCAUAGGAACCAUCAUCGGGGUAGCGAUAAGAAGCGGGGAGAUGCCUGGGUUCAGAGAAUAUGUGCAGAAUAUCGUGGCAGAUCCAGGUGGGGACCAGAACAGCUCUGACACCAGUGAGGGGGAUGAGCAGUGCUCUGAAUGCAGGUCUCUGACUCAUGCCAACUUCUCCACAGACACCAAUCACUCUAGGUUCUACAGCACAUUCAACACCUACAAAGCGGUCUACGUCGUCGCCCAUGCUCUCCACCGGCUGCUUCAGUGCAAUGCCACACGCAAGUGGUGCAACAUGAGCAGAGAGGUCUACCCAUGGCAGCUCCUGGAAGAAGUAGCUCGGGUCAACUUUACCAUCAAUUCUCAUCUGGUUCAUUUCAGCAAGUCGGGAGAUCCUCCAACAGGUUACGACCUGAUUUUCUGGGAAGCGACCACAACUGGAAACCACGAGUUUGUACGUUUCGGUAGCUAUCAUCCCCUGCAGCCUCAGCUCGACAUCAGCGAAUCAAAGAUCCGCUGGAACACAAAGGAAGGGAAGCCCCCCAUAUCAAGAUGUACACAGGAGUGCAAACCAGGGCAAAAGAGAUGGCUGAGAGGAGAACAUAAUUGCUGCUUUAUGUGCGAAGACUGUCCUGCAAAUUACUUCCAGAACAAAAACGAUCCCCAUGAAUGCACCCCAUGCCCUAGAGAGAAAUGGUCUCCUCCGCAGAGCACCACAUGCUACGACAGAGUGUUUGAAUACCUGGAGGUGACCGACACCCUCGCCAUCAUCAUGGUGGCCUUGACGGCCUUGGCCAUGGCCCAAAUGGCCGUUGUCACUGGCAUUUUGGCCAAGCACCGCGGCACCCCGGCCAUGCGCUUUGUUGGUGGCUUCCCUACACUCUCCAUUGUCCUCUCCUCAACCUGCUUCUGCAGCAGCUUCUACUUAUUCGUCAUCAAGCCCACCUCGAUGGUCUGCAAGCUCCGGCAGCCCCUCUUCUUCCUCAGCUUCACCAUCAGCUUGGCCACACUGCUUGGCAAGACACUCCAAAGCUCAGGGCUCGGCUGGGCCUUGAAGAGGCCUAAGCUGAGGAAGCAUCUGAUGGGCCUCUGCAUCCUCCUCAACAUAGCCAUCCAGGGCCUCCUUUGCCUCGUGUGGUAUUGCUGGAACCCUCCUUCCUUGGAGGAGAGCACCGAGCUGGAGAAGACCAUCCUGGUGCAAUGCCGGGACAGCUCCUUCCCAGGCUACAGCUUGCUCCAAGCCCAUGACUUUGGCCUGGCUGCCGUCUGCUGCCUCUGCACCUUCAUGGGGCACAACUCGGACCAGAGGAACGACAAGGCCGCCAAGUCCAUCAGCUUUGCAAUGAUCCUCAUCCUCAUCAUCUGGACACUCUUCGUGCCCACCUACGCCACCUCCCAAGGGAAGUUUGUUGCCCUGUUCCAGGUCUUUGCUGGCCUGGCCAGCAUCUUUGCCAUCUUCGGCUCCUACUAUUACCCAGUGUGUUACAUCGUGCUCUUCGCGCCCCACAUGAACACAGACGCCCACUUCCGCUGCCUGCCCCAGAACCCUCCGGCAGACAGCAAGCCAGGUGCUCCAGAAACCAAGUAA